AUGGCAGGAUCAUUUGACCUACCCGCAUAUCACUCUACUACUUCUCUACCGGGUUAUUCGAGCAAACUUUCAGAUGGCGAGCAAUUGCUUGAAUAUACUCCCCAUCGACCAUCGUAUAGACGCCCUUCUUCAGUAUACAUUCGAAAGGAGGGAAGAACUACCGUUGUCUUGAACAAUCAGAAAGAAGGUACUGCUGUUCCACAGUACGGCCGUCAAGGAACAAUAAAUGGCACAAUUUGCUUUGAAAAUAGCGACAAUAUUCUCGAAGUAAUCAUGGAGAUACAAGGAACAAUGGAUAUUUUUGUUUCGCAGGCUGGCUACAAGUCACUCACGAUAUUUGAGGUCAGCUAUCCGUUGUGGUCCCCGUUGUCGCCAGAUGAACGGCAAACUCAGAGUUGUCCGUCUCAAAUCGCGUUUUCGAAAACUUUACAUACGACCUUUAAUACAGAGGACGGUCGUACUUUGCCAUUGCCUCCUACCUAUAGCUCACCGCGUCUUCAUUUGGCCGGGCCUCAGGCAAUGGUUUCCUACGAGUUACGAAUUAUUAUAAAAUGUAGUCGCCAUCCGAAGCUCGCAGCUUGGACGAAGACUCGACGAAUAUCAAUACCAUUCCAAUACGUGCCCAGAACGAGGGCACACCAACCUAUUACCUCAUAUUCAUCCUUCCCAUCUUCUAUUAAAAGUACACCGGAAGAAUGGCAUCAAACUGUUGUCCCAAUUCCUGAUAACCAGGGAAGAGAAAAGCUUUAUGGCUUGCUCUUUUUGCCCGGCCAUCGUAUAUACGGCCUGGGGGAUAUAAUCCCGUUUCAUGUCCAGUUGACAGGUGAUACCGAAGCUCUUCAAGAGCUUCUCCCGAGUGUACGCGGCUCGAUGUCGUCAUCUUUAGAUCCUCGAGAAUCCUCUUCUAGAGCGCCUAUACUGGACCACGCACGGAUUGAAGUCGUUUUGCUACGCCAAGUUACUGUGCGAUACAAAUUAUUAAAGUCCUGGGAAGAUACCGUUAUCGGUAAAGGCAUAAUGUGGUGGACAUUUCCGGAAGUAAGCUCCAAAUUUGAAGACAGGUGCUGCAUAGACUGGGAUGGUGAGCUAAGAUGUCAAGAGGGAAUCACUGUAGGAGGAUUUGAUGCAGGGAACAUACAUGUCAAGGACUUUCUUGUACUUAAGAUCAUUCCUACCCAUUUUUCAUGUCCUGUCCAGACAGUACGGAGUACGGUUCCUAUCAGGCUUGUCACAGAUUCCUUCGAUGGUGCAGACUUUUGA